AUGGCUAACCUGAACUUUGAGCAGCCACCACGCAGUAUUGCGAACGCAAGCCUUACAUCGCGCACGGGUGGCGGGGGGGGCUUAAAUUCAUCAACCCUUACGGGUCAUGUCACACCUACGUCAGGCAUGUUCUCAGGCUCGUCUGCAAGCACUUCCAGUUCAGCUAACUCUGCGGUAGUAGUUGCUAACGUUUAUCCCGGAGCAUCGGGAGCAGGAGGUGGACAAAAUAGUCAUCAACCUCAACAACAACAGCUCUCUCCUAUGGGCAGCAGAGGACUGUUUGGACAGAGAGCUUUUACAGAUAGACGUACAAUGCCUGCUCUUGGAACAUCAAAUCCAAUGGGUAGCAUGGGCACAUUCGGAAUACCUCAAAGUCGAAAUUACGGAUCUCAAAUCAAUAAUUUUCACUCUGUUUUCGGCAGUGGAGGAGGUGGAGAUACAAGUACUCCUCCAUUGUUAGAUCUGUCUGAAUUUCCUUCGUUAACAAACAGAGGACAGGGUGAUUCUAUGCCACAACCUAGUCCUAUGCCAGGCAAACAGCCUUACGUUGGAAUGGUAAAACAACCAACGUCCGAAUCGAGCGAAUUCACAAUGAGCUCCGAGGAUUUUCCAGCAUUGCCAGGAACGCAAAAUAGAGAAGGACCAUCGCCGGGUGGAAGCGUUUCCGGGGAUAAAAAUAUACCUGUUGGACUUGGUCCUGAAAUUGGACAAGACGUAUUGCAGGCAAACAGAGCACCCGGAUCUGAAAAGUCUCAAUCAUCCAAAAGAGGCAUACAAACAUCUCCCGAUGGCAAGGUGACCAAUAUACCAGCUAGUAUGGUAAAGGACCAGUUUGGAAUAGUUGGGUUAUUGACGUUUAUCAGGGCAGCUGAAACAGAUCCGAAUCUAGUAUCUUUGGCAUUAGGCCAAGAUUUAACCGCGUUAGGAUUAAAUCUCAAUUCAACGGAAAGUCUUUAUCAAAAUUUUGGUGGACCUUGGGCGGAAACACCGUGCCGACCUCAGGAUAUUGAUUUUCACGUACCACCGGAAUACCUUAUCAAUGCCUCCAUCAGGUGCCUUAUCUCGUCAAUUUUUCAACGUGAUUUUCGAUACGAAUACGAAUCGUCACGUAUCAUAAUCAGACUCCUAGCACCGGUCAAAUUAAAUCGGUACAAGGACGAUCUACUAUUUUAUAUGUUUUAUACAAAUGUCGGAGAUGUAUUGCAAUUGGCAGCAGCAGCGGAGUUGUACAGCAGAGAGUGGCGAUAUCACAUGGAAGAAAAGGUUUGGAUAACACAAGCACCUGGAUUGGGACUCGUAGAGAAGACAUCAACGUACGAACGCGGUACUUAUUAUUAUUUCGAUGCGCAAAGUUGGAGAAAAGUAGCGAAAGAAUUUCAUUUGGAUUAUACAAAACUAGAAAGUAGACCUCAUCUUCCCACAAACUUUCAUCAAACCCAGCCUUGA